UACUGUACCUUUGCCAAUCUCACACUGCAUUUCAGUGCUAUUGCAAUGCUGUCCCGGAUGCUGGUUGUUCCGUUGAUCUUUGCAUUACUGGGUGUCUCUAUUUCUGCGCCCAUAAACGAUGGAACAGAUAACGAUGAGGCGGCUGCAGCUCUAGGGAUCCUCAGUGGUCAUCCGUUUUUCUCUCUUUUUUCAGCUCCUCCAACUCCAGUCCCUGGAAAUGGAGACUCAGGGACUACAGAUGGGGAAAAUUCAGCAGAGAAAAAAGGAGAUCUCAGUGACUCGUCUGACACCACUGAGAAACCAGAGGUUGAUGGUACUCCUGACACAUCAGAUACAAACAGUGACAAAAGCCUGGAUGAAGCUACCAGCGGCCCAGAUUCAAUAGACACAACAGAUACUGACACAGACACGAAUACAGAAACAGAUGCAUCGCAGGAGACGACAAGCAACUCAGACGAGAAAAAUGAGAAACCAUCAGCGGAGGUCAGCUCAGAUGCAGAUCAUGCUGAUACAGAUUCAAAAGAAGAGGAAUCUACAGACACGGAUGAAAAGGCAGACAGUGAUUCAGACGGCUCAGACGGGGAUUCUGCUAGUGUGGAAAAGAAAGAUUCUGCUGAUGCAUCUGAUGAUGCAAAUAAAACCUCUACAGAAGACACAGAUGAUUCAUCUGACAAGGAUUCUUCAGACACAGAUGAGCAGCAGGACUCGGAUGAUUCUGACAAAGACAAAUCAGAUGGAGACUCCGAUGAAAAGAGUGACAAGAAAGAUGACAAAGACACCAGUGAUGACUCCAGUAAAGACUCAGAGGGUCAAGGAACCUCUGAUACACCAGACAAAAGCGACACAGACAGCGACUCGGACACUGAUGAGGUGAAAGGUUCAGAUGAAUCCAAAGACCAGGAUUCGGAAUCAAAAGACACCGACAGCACGGAGAAGAAAGAGAAAGACCAGGACUCUGACAGCGACGCAGACACCAGCAGCGUUCGGGACACGACAGAUUUCCCUGAGGACAGCACCGAGGAUAAAGACAAGGACAACAGUGACUCGAAAGACACUGAAGAUGAUGGAGACAGUGAGAAGCAGGACACCAAUGAGACUGGCAGCGACAGCGAUGAGGGAAAAGAUAAAGAGGACGAAUCCAAACCAGACGCCACCUCAAAAGAGGACACCACAGCCAGUCAGUCUGACGAAAGUCCACUGGAGGAAAUGACAGAAGACAAGCAGGAAGACAAACCUGAUUCUGACAGCUCCAGUCUAGAUUCAAGUUCAGACAUGGACUCUGACAGCAAAGAUAAAGAGCAGGACAAAGAGAAGAACAGCACAGAGUCCACAGACACAGAAAGCUCUGACAGCGGCAGCAAGAGCGACACGGAUAGCUUAGAAACAGAUACUGAUGAAGACAAUGACUCCAGUGUGGAAAAGGAGAAACAAGAUACUGAUGAAGACAAUGACUCCAGUGCGGAAAAGGAGAAACAAGAGUCUCCUGACGGGGCAUCAACAGAGACAAAUGACUCUAAUUCUGACUCCAGCGAUGACCAUGACAAUGACUCAACAGAUGCUACGACAUCAACUGAACACACUGAUGAAAACACUGAUGCAGACAGCCAUGGUGUUGCAGACGAUGAUGAUGACACUGAUGUCCAUGAUGAUGAGGUCGGGGUUGAAGCCGGCACAGACGCCGCUUCUAAAACACACGAUGAUCCAGAUCAUCUUGAUGACACAACACAAGGAUCAGAUGAUGCCAGCAAAACCCCUGUGCCAAGCUCCUAGCGACCAGGACUCUGUUACAGAUUUUUCCUGGAGAGACGUAAAAAGAAUCACCUGAGACAGUCAAGAUAACCAGAGUUUCACAUACCAUUAAAACACAUUGACACGUCCCUCUCAUCCUUUCUUUCUCGCUCUCUCAUAUGGUGAAGGUUCCUUUCUAAGGGUUCUGGGAUGCAGAUUAAAUUAUUCGGCUGUUUACUGUACAUUACUUUUUUUUUUUUUUUUUUUUUACUUUGUCCUAAUUCUAAAACUUUUGUAUCUUUUGAUAUAUUAAUUUGACCAAUUUUUGAUGGAAAUGCAUGAUGAACAGAGAGGGUCUGGAAUUGCGUACCUCAUGCAUUUGUCUCAUUGCGUAGGGUCUACAUAUAUUUAGUUUCGAAUGACACAUUAAACUUAGAGAGUAGAACUAACUGAAGAAAUUUUGAGAAAGCGAAACGAUUUGGGUCAGGUGAAAAUGUUGAUCUGUCAAACCUCUGAUGGUUCCAUUGCUUUGUCCACAUGGUGUCCCCAUCCUUGACACUGACUGUAAGACUGCAGCUGUUGCAACGAGAACCUUCCCUCCUGCUCACAGACAAACACCGGCCUGAAGUCACAGAAUGAGAUGUUUUGUACAGACAAUUUCUGAUAGAAUGUCUGAUGUCAGUCUCUGUGGGUGAAUACUAAUAAACUAGCAAUGAAAGAGCAGAUUGUUCUGAAAACUGUUUAAUAAUUUUUGUAUAGAAUUACAAGUCAUUUUAAAAUGUACACAGGGAGCAAAUCUAAUAAAGACUUGGUUGUCAGAAAAUCAAA